GAGAGCUGAUUGUAAAUCCGCCUCUGUUCCAAGUUCCUCUUCUUCCAAAGAGAAUCGAGAUUCAGAAAGUGUCAAAUGAUAAAGUGUUGCAUUCAAGUUGCUUGUGUAUUGUGCGACGGUGGUGUAAUUUAUUGAUGUGGCUAGUCUAGAAUCUUGCUAAACAUUUGAGCUGCUGCAACCAAAAGAAGAAUGAAUGUCCGCGUCAGCUGUUCCGGGGCGGUGUUGUCGUCUUUGCUGUAUGAGCAAUUGCGAACUGGACAUGCCCAGGAAGGCUUUUUGUUGGGUUCAGUGGAAAAUCACAUAAGCGAACACAUAAGUGACUCACAAAUAUGCAAUGAAAAGAUGGAGACAACUAUAAGCAUAUCAUCAUUUUCACCAUGUACCAUGAUUGGAAGUUUCUACUCUGGUGCAGGUGAAUUGAACAAUGAAAAGUUAUCAGGAUUUUUAGGAACAAGUUUUCAGAAUGUAAUUGGUUGGUACCGGUGUAGAGGGACAACUUGUGAGGAUUUGUAUAUGAGAGAAAUCAUGGUACAUAAACAACUCUCACAAGUUAUGACCCAUACAGGUGGUCAUUUUAUAUUGGGAAUAUUAUCAUGUAACCCAUCUGAUGAUAGUGGCACAUUUAACGUAUGUCACAAAUUCAUGAUGCAGCAAAAUGACCAAUUUGAAGGGCUUCCAUUUCAAGUAAUCAACAUAGGUGAUACAUCUACAGAUGAAUACCGUCUUAAACCUCGCAAUCCUGCUCUUUAUAAAUCCUUGGCUGUGAAUUUAGUUCUUUCUAACCUCAAUAACAGCGAGCCUGGGAUAAUAGAAGCUGAAAAUUUGCACACUGGACUCUUACAGAAAUUGGUUAGCUUAUUACCAAGGUUUUCUAAUACUCAAAAGGAACUUGAGAAGAUACUACAAGAAGUUACAGCUUUAAGAAUGUUAUGUUGCAAUAAUGGCAUUCCAUUAGACUUUACACCUGAGAAUGCCAUCCUGAAUGAUGAUCCCAACCUCAUGGAUUUUGAAGAACUUUCAUCUAGUCCUUUACAAAACAAGAGAGAAAAGUCUAGUCCUCUUAAGAGUUCUGUAAGGAGGAAGAAUACAGGGAGAGGAAAAAAUCCUAAAGAAGAAAAGGUUUCUUCAGAUCCAUUUGGGUUUGUCAAUAAAGAAAUGGAGAAAUUACAGGUAAAAGGUCGAGGCUCUCCCACAAAACGAAUGAACAGAUCUAGAACCAAUACCCCUUCACCUGGAAGAUUUAUGAGCAGUGGAAGGUCAGGAGUUGAAGGUGUACCUCAGAGACGUUCAUCAGAAUCAGCAGGGUCUAAUGAAAAUAGUCCUGUUUCACUUAGCAAACGUUCAAAAAGUAGUAGUGCUGCUAGCUCCCAAAGAGAGUCUCAAGAUGAUGUUUUUGAAGGAAGAUCAAAAAACCCUCGAACUCUCACACGAACUGCUUCUAAAGAACAAAAUUCACAAUCAAGAACCACAAGAAGUCAGAGUCCUGCUGUUACAAAUACAAGAGGUAUUAGGUCAAGUAAACCCAAGAAAAAAGAAGCUUGGGGUAGUAAAUCUGAUUCUGGAUCCCAAGAAUUUUAAAUCUAUGUGAUGGUAAUUUGUACUAGGAAUGAAAGACAUGAUAAUAUGUAACCAUUUAUUGUAGUUCAAUGUAAAUCAUUGUAAGUUUCAGUUUUGGAUUAAAAUGUACCAGAAUCAUAACAGUAAUUGUCAAUUUUGUACAUGAGACUUUAUCAGUAAUUAUAUAGCUAUCAUUUUUGCAAGUACAGCAGCCUAAUUCCAAUUUCGUGGGUAGCGCUUCGAUUGCUCAGUGUAGGUAUACAGUGCCGUCCCCCAAUGGAAAUACUAGGAACGACUUAGCUAAGCACUUCAUUCUGUUUUCUGCAGCGCUUGACUAAACGUCAAGUACUUACCGGAUUUCAGCAGUGUUACACAACCACCGGAACACAUUCAUAGCCUUCAAGCAGGAUGAGACCCUUCUUUUGUUUGUUUAAUUCAGAUUAUUAUCAAGCUGGAUAUUUGUAUUCUUCGGUAAUAGUUCUUGAAUGUAACACCAUUCAAUUAGGCCUGAUACUUUUGCAUAUGUUUUACUUACCGGGCAUAUGAUAUGCGCAAAUUGUCUGUUAAUGAUUGCCUCAAUUAACCUUGAUUUUACUUCAUUCCUUUUAGGCUAAACUUUUGUUUACUGGUCUUAGGCUGUUAGUAAGAGACCAGUAAAUAAUUACUGGUCUCUUACUAACAGCCUAAAAAUAAUCCUGAAAUGUUAUUCCAUUCUCGUAUCUCAAAACCUUUGCAUUUAUUAUUUACUUACACGUACAAGUCGCCGGUAAAUAUACCUUUAAACUAAUUCUUGAAGGUUGCAUCAUUCCCUGAUGUUAUACCUUACUUUUGGGAUUUUGUUUGCCAGCCAGCCAUAGGGUAUUAUAGUCACAAUUGCCGGUAAAUAUAUGUACAUUAAAGUAAAUUGUGAAUGUUAAGACAUUCUUUUAGGCCAAACGUUUGCAUUAGGCCAACACAUUUUGUUUUGUUUACCCUGCCUGCCAUAUUCAUAACUUUCCUUUAUAGAGACAAAGUGUGGAGGUUGAAAAGUAAUAAGGAGAGAAUGGUAUUAAAGUUUGGCUAAGGGGGCUUUGGAAGAAGAGGCUUGCGUAUGGAGGCAUUUUCAUGGUGUCACACAACUGUGAACGUUUCACAUCUUGGCAAUUAGCCUCCAGCUCGUUUUGCAGACUGGAGCACAGGCCACUCGAGUCAAUUAGCAGGGACACGUAAUCGGUUAUUGAUUUUGAUUACUUUGAAUUCCAUAUAAUUCUUUUAAUGAUUUCUUUUGAGUAUUUGAUUAUUAUUUAUAAAUAUUUUUUUAUAUUUGAGUCAAAUUUGCUUUGAGACAUUAAUAUGAAAACUACUUGGUGAUAUAAAUAGUAUAUUGUUUGUUUUACUAGGUUACGUUAUUUUAAAAUACAUACAUCUAUGAUUGCUAUUUCAUAUAUUUGUAAAGGUUUUUUUUUUUCUUUUUUGUUUAUCACUAAUUGGAGAAUAAAUGCAGCGUUUUUUACAUUAUACUAGAGUACAAUUGGCUUUGAUACUUCAAUGCAAAAACUACGUUUUGAUAUAAAUUAUUAUUAUUAUUAUUAUCUUAGAAGUUGUACAUACAUUUACAUUAUUUUAAAAAAUACACGUCUGAGCAUAUGAAAUGCUGUUAUUCAUACGUUAUGAAUGUUUUCAGGCCUAGAUGCCAGAAUUUCCUAAAGUGAUAUGUAAAGUAUGUAGGCAGUAAUCGAUUACGGAUCUAUUUUUUCAUGAAAGUAAUCAGUAACCUUCGCCUCUCGCCUCCUGUCUGUCGCCAACUGACUCCCCCUGCCUCCCAAACCUAACGCCUGUUCUCUCCUACUAGCCCUCCUAUCUUAGUCAUUUGCUCCCGUCCCUGGCUCUGUCGCUUCCUUCCCAUGCCUUUCCCAGCAUUUAAUUUCGAUUAUCAUGAAUGUAACAGUGAAGUGUUGUGCAGUGGAGGAGGCGGCUACUUGUCCCUCGAUUCUCAUAGACAAAGGUCACUGUCCCGCUCCCCCGCACCCGGGAGAAGAUAUAAUUGGAGGUCCAUGGGAGGUCGGGGGGUUAUAUACAGGUAUUCCCUCCCUCGGUCGAACCUGUUGUCGGUCCCAGGUAUUGACAGACAGCUGCUGGAAAGGUGUCUCUGGAUGUGUGUUAGAGGAGGUGACUAUUUGGCCUCUGAGAUCUCCAAGACUUAGUCACUGUCCUGCUCCUUAAUAUCUAGAAGACAUAAUGGUAGUUGAAGGGAGUCCGAGGGGAUUGGCCCCAGUAGUUGCCUCCUCGGUCGAACCUGUAGCUUUUCCCAGCUAUCAGCAGACAGCCAUUGAAAAGGCAUCUUGAUGGAUGUGUAGUGAGGAGGUUCUUCCUCCUUGGUCGAAAUUGUCAUGCAUUAUAGGUUUCGACCGAAGCUGCUAGAAAGGCGUAUCUUUUAGUGCAGAGUUCUUGCCGUAUUCUAGUGGGCUGUCACAUAGAUCGCAUCGAUGGCAUGAUUCUUUGGUAUUUCGACCUCAUAAGAGGUAUUCCUCAGUUGGUGAAGCCUUGUCCCCUUGCAGUCAUGCUUGUCCGUCUCCUCACAGUCGAUGUUCGGCUCGUGACUCAGCUGAUUCGACUCUCAAUGGAUGUUUGACUCGCCACUCAGCUGAUCUGACUGUCAGUUGAUUUUCAACUCGCAACCCUGCUGAUUUGACUGAAGGGAGUCCAGUGGGGGGUUUUGCCCCUUGGUUGAACUUGGCAUGCGUUUUUUAGGUUUCAACUGAAUUCCGCUGGAAAGGUGUGUUGUGACUGGUGCUCAGUAGUCAUCCGAUUAAAGAAAAUCUGCACCUGCAUUGGUAUAUUUGAGCCUUUUCAAACACUUUUGUCUUAGAUGCUCAUCAGGAUAGUACUACUGAUUCUCAUGAUGAGCACCAGUUAUUGGCACCUAGACGCUCGAAUCUUUAUCGUAUCGGGCUUUUUUGUCGAGUGCCAGCCCCCAUCCAGGCGCUCUGCACCAUCUGAGGUGUCCACUCACUUGCUCCAGCUUGCUCUGUAUUUUCCAUGCCUCACCUGGCACCAGCUGUGGUAGUCUGGCGCGACCUGUUGGAUGUCCGACGACACAGUUUCCUCAUUCAUCUUCAUGACAAUAGAGGAUCUUUCGCUAACCACCACUUGAACAGGACAUUGCGAGAGUUGUGGAAGAGUUUCUCUGUGUAGUCCUCUUUGAAAAGAUUCAGUCAUGGAGAAGACAGAUGUGUGGUGAGUUCUUGCCAACUUUUGGUGCAGCCAACUCACUCGACUUUUGCAUUUCCGUGAACGAACCAGUUGUAGGAAGAGAAUACACCGUUUGGUGGGGGGAAACCUCUGCUGUCCCUUCAGGAUAUGAUUUUUCGCUGAUGCAAAUACGUUUUCCUAAGUUUUGGGAUUGCUAUCCCGCUAGUUCCAAGAAGAGUGGGCAAGAACUGUCAUCUUCUUCAUUUUUUUUUUUUUUUCCUCUACACUGGUUUACACUGGGCAGGUCCAGGAAAUAAGAGGAACUCUACAGAUUAUACUCCCCAGAGUUUGGAUGCAAGAGCCCAUGUCCCUGGUUUGAUCUUAGGAUCUCUCCAGUGUGAACAACCAGUUUGGCAUGAACUAAUCGUCUUUGGUGUCCUGUUAUCGCCUUAGAAACUUCCCUUCGGGAUAGCUUCACCUUUGCUCUCUUCAUUAGAGAAUGGAAGAGGUCUGCUUUGAGUCCUUAUUCUUUUUCUCGUUGAAAUGAAGAAGAAUGUGGUUCAUGCUCUAUCAACAGGGGCUUACGAAUGUACUGGUAUAUUCUUACAACAUGUGUCUCGUUAUCAGUUGCACCGUCCAAAUAAUAGGCACAUGCCUGUAAGUUAAUUCAUCUGGUAUGUGACCGAGACGAAUAGCAACUUCUUUUAUUUAACCUGAAACCCAGGACAUACUUUUGGGCCUCCCAAGAGUUUCCAAUUUUGAUUUUGAGACGACUAGUGGCAUUGUUUUUUUGCAACAACACCACAGGGUUGGCAUUAUCAUCAAACAAUGGGGUUUCUCUCGUUUCGGUUAACAUGAAGGUACUCGAGGGUAUCUGUCAUGCACUCAAUAGCUCCACAAGACGAAUGCAUUCCAAGGUGGAAUGUGCUACCAAGCAACUCUGCCUAUGGAGUCGAGUGAGGAGCAGCGCACUUCCUUCUCACUGAGUUAUUGUUUGUCAUAGUAUUAUUUCUCCUCAGUUGAGGGUUAACUUCUAAUUCGAAUCUCUGCCCGGCCAUCACAGACUUUAGUCUCUAAUUGGCUCUGGAUUCUUGUUUAUGGUUCCUAUUUUGUGCUCCACAUUUGCCAUUACAAGAAUCUUCGGAUAGAGAUAUCUCAUAAGACUCUAUCUUUCUGUUUAUCCCACGGUACAAUAGAAGUCUGUAAGUCGUCUGCUUUGUCGCAAUUGAUCCAUAGGCCACUGCAAUGAUUCAGAAUGAUUUUUCAGACAAUCACAGUAGUUUUUUUGUCUUGUAUAUACUUUUCUCUAAUUCGUAAAGUGUUCAACGAUUAGUUAUUCACCCCGAGUUGGAAGACUUAGCCUACCCUGUUAACACUGCUUUCAGUGUAAAGAAAAAGAGUUCCUCCCAGAACCUUCUCUUCCUCUGUCUAAACUUUAGUGUUGUCUUCAGUGUUGUGGAGUGUGUUUUGGCCCACUUCGAAGCAAGCAAGCAAAGCUAAGGAUGUAAGAACAGCCUCUACUUCCUUAGUUUUCAGACUUUUUUGCUCUUUACGCUCAUUCUGCUAUCGAAGUACCGGAGGCAUAAGCUAUCUCCGCUUAUUAUAUUUUUUUAUGUAGGCUUAAAAAGUGUCAAAAUUUUUCAGUACCUCGAGACCAAUUUUGCACAAUAGGUUCUCCUAUUAUUAUUUCUUCACCUUUUCAGUAAGGUGCUGAGUUUUGAGAGCCAGGGGGCACAGUGUACCUGGAGCACCCACCACUCUCAGUGGACGGGUUUUGACUUUAUUUCAGUGUAGGUGUUGUGCUCAGGGCAAGGGUGGGCACCUAUCAUACUUUCCUAGCCUUUGGAGCAUUCCCCUUGCUACAAAGUUUCCCCUAUGUAGGAGGUGACCCUUGGCUCGACCGCCACGCCACUACAAGUUAAGAUGAGUGCCAACCAGAGCUCUCUUAACUAAUAGGAACAAGCGUUGUUUAUUCAAUGCUAGCAAAUUUUCUAUUUCAAAUUCAUUACAUGACCUAAUGCUUUGGAGUAGAAUAUGUCCAUGAUCCCACCACCUUUCAAUGCGACUCAGCUAUAUAAGCACAUACUGGGUAAGUCUCAUAAAAAUUUGAUGUUUUUAUAAUAAAAUAAGAUCUUGUAUAUACUUACCCAGUACUUAUAUGAUUGGAGCCUACCUGCCUCCCCUGUGAUUGGCAUUAUGCAUAAAACAGAAUGCAGUGUUUAGCUAAGUUGUUCCUAGCAUUGCCGUUGGCAAUAGCACUGUAUACGUACACUGACCAAAAAAUGUGCUACCCAUGAAAUUUGAAUUAGGCUGGCAUAUGUGGAAAACUGAUAGUUAUUUAAUUACUGUGUAAGUAUAUACAAAAUCUUAUUUUAUUAUAAAAAUAUAAUUUUUAUUGAUGACUUUAAUCAUACAUACAGUGGACCCCCAGUAUUCGCAUUCUCCGGAUUCGCGGACUCUCACAUUCGCGGAUUUCUCUCCGGAAAAUUCGCGCAUUAGCAGUAUUUUUCUAUGAGAAAUAUCCACAAAUUCCUGGUUUUUGUUAUAAAUUUCAUCAUAAAAUGCACUUUUUGUGAUAAAACUAUUAAAAAAACCAAGUAUGAAAAUUUUUAGUGGUUUUUCUUAAGUUUUAACUAACAAAAUAUGCUGUUUUUAGCGUUUUUAUAGGGGUUCCAAACAUUCGCAGAUUCUACCUAUUCGCGGGGGGGGGUCUGGUACGCAUCCCCCGCGAAUACGGGGGGACCACUGUAUUUGGUUUCUGUGUACGUAUUUGUUUUGUGAAGAUAAUCAAAUUACGAUGAGUAGGGUGAUUAAAUAUCUAUAUGAAUAUAAUAGUCACUAUUUCAUGUUGAAAUGAACAAGAGGAGCUUUAUUUUGCAAAGUAUAAGUUAUGGAUAAGUAUAUGGUUGUCUGGCUAGCUGUGUUUCAAAGUGAAUUUUUAAAUUUUGAUUUUAAGAAAUACCUGUGUUGUGUUUUGGUGUUCUGAAUUUAAUACGUAUAUUCCCAGUAAAGUACAAUUUCAUCAGGCUUAUAGACUAACCUUGUUACUUUUAAAAGACAGUUUGUCUUUUCAUUUUGUAGCUUUGUCAUAGGAUUUUUAUGAAAUUUAGGCUGUCAAGCAAAUCUUGGGACACUUUUGGCCAUUCAAUGCAUAACACUGUGAAAA